AUGAGUGCGCUGACUGAGGAUACCAAUUUUAAAGUCUACUGCACAGCCAGCCGCCUAACGGAAGAAGAAAUUUACAGAUUCCUCUACAGUGAUGUCUAUGACAGCCUCGAAGAUCUCAAGGAACAAUUCACUAUCAAAUCUGUGCCCGGCCAAAGACCGCUAGAAAUAUUCCGAUACCAGAAUAACAACUACAAGACCCCGGGUUACAGUGAGCAGGAUUACUUUUUAAUCGUCGACUCUGCCGAUGCAAAGAAAGACGGCCUUUUGCUUUGCAACUUGAAAGCCGACCAUGGCUUUCCGGAUGCUGUCCGUAGUGUGCCGGAUGAGGCUGCCAUAGAGGCAGCAUCACUGAGCAUCGCGAACACAGACUGGUUCGAAGCGCGAGAAAAUGCAUUCGUUACAGAAGAACCUCCAAUGCGCCGCCUCGUUGUGUAUGACAACAGGGCAAGCAAAGAGCCGAACAGCUUCUUAAGACUGGCCGAGGCUGUCGACAAUGGACUGCACUAUGUGUUCAACGACCCAGAUAAUGAUGAGCCGCCGCCGUUGGAGCAGAGCCUGGACGAUCUCUUUCGAUACACGGCCGUAGAGCUCGACGGCCACGUCAGCACGAAUGAGCUGUGCAAACAGCAUCAGCGUCGCGCUGAGGAGACGAACUUGGAUCAGGACCGUUUUGCGGUUGUUGACGACAGGUUUCCUGAAAAGGGAGUUUUGCUCCUGCAGGUCGAGCCACGGAGAGAGUUUCACUGCAAGCCGCCUGCGGCAGGAGAGCUGCUAUGGUGGAACGCGAUUGGCUUGAUGAGCUGGCAUGAGAUUGAAGAGUUUGCGUCCCAUCACUCUGGAAUGGAGUACAGAUGGACAGUCGACUGCAUGACUCGGCUGCAAAGAGAAGCGGGGAGCGGUUCGAAGGACCCCGACACCGGGGUCGCUAACAGCGACGACAGCGAUCACGUUGAAAAAGGAGAGGCAACGCAGCACGCGGAGAAGCGUCGAUUCCGAUAUUAUAGCACAAGGCUGGGAAAGGUCAUUGCGUCCAUGGAGCCGUACGAAGUCCCCAGCACCUUUACCCGACCGCGCGAGGAAUCGGACGGGGUGGGUGAGGAUGGACAGAUAGGCCCGGUUGAGGACACUUUUGUCGAGGAGCUUCCGUGGGAUUAUUACCUGAAAAAGGACGAUGCCAAGUAG